UUUCGUUUGGUCCGUCCCGCACACACCAUUCAUCUCGCUCGGGUAGUCCCCAGCGCCUGCGUUCCUCCAUGCUACCCCGACCCAAAUUGGAUUUCCCUCCGUUUCGGGGCGAACGUCCAUGCAGUUGGAAGCGGAACUGAAGAAGCCUUGGAGAUUUCCAAACGUCGGGAGCCCAGGCGUAUGGACAACGGCACUAGGGGGGCGCUCUCAUUUGCGUGGCGCCAUGCCACUACCUCCUCCACCUGGACGGCCACCUCCACCCAUGCCGGCUGUCGAAGAAAGACGAGUAGCACCCAAUGAUAUGGCAGGCUCUUCUACUUCCACUGAUGAAAGGCUAACCACACUACGAGCAUACCGACGUGCGCGUGGUCUUUGUUACCUGUGUGGGGAGAAAUGGUCGCGCGAGCACAAAUGCGCCACGGCUGUGCAGCUGCACGUGGUACAGGAAUUGUUUGAUGUGCUUGGCAUCUCAGGUUUCGACGCGGCAUCUGAAGCUCCGGACUCCGCCAGUGAAUGUCACACUAUCUCUAAAGCAGCUUUGGAUGGUACAGUAGCACCUCAAACGGUCCGACUGCAUGGCUCUAUCCAAGGACAGAAAGUGCUCAUGUUGAUUGAUUCGGGUAGUUCCCAUAGUUUUGUCAGUGACACUCUGGCUGCCCGUUUGAAUGGUGUAGUGGCAGCUAAGCACCCACUUCGGGUGCGGAUUGCUGAUGGUGGCCAACUUUGCUGUGCUCAAGAGGUGCCAAACUGUGACUGGUGGGUACACGGACACAAGUUUUGUUCUACUUUGAAGGUGUUACCGCUCGGAUGUUACGAUAUGAUUGUUGGCAUGGAUUGGCUAGAAAAGCACAACCCUAUGGAUGUGCAUUGGGGUCGCAAGCAACUUCAGUUCUUACAUCACGGAAGGGAGGUACAAUUGGUGGGGGUUCAACCCAAUGUCCAGCAGUGCUAUCGGUUGUCUCCUGCUCAAUUUCAUGCCCUGUUGGAUUGCAAUGAUGUGCAUCAGGUUAUUCAGCUAUGUGCAGUCGAAGCUUCAGCAGAAGGGGAUGGCAUUCCGGAUUCAGUCUCUCUUUUGCUACAACAGUUUGCCCAUCUCUUUGAACCACCAACAGGAUUACCUCCUCACCGAGCAUUUGAUCACACCAUUCCGCUGAUUCCAGGAGCUCAACCAGUCAACUUGCGUCCUUAUCGCUAUACUCCAACCCAAAAGGAUGAAAUUGAGCGACAAGUUGCAGAAAUGAUCAAACAAGGAAUCAUCCAACAUAGUUGCAGUCCCUAUGCUGCUCCUGUGUUACUAGUCCAGAAGAAGGAUUUGACCUGGAGGUUCUGUAUUGACUUCCGACGACUAAAUGCUAUUACCAUCAAGAAUCGCUACCCUCUGCCCAUUAUAGAAGAACUCCUUGAUGAGCUGAGCGGUUCUGUUUGGUUUACCAGCUUAGACCUGCGUUCCGGGUUCCAUCAAAUUCACAUGAAGCCAGGCGAAGAAUUCAAGACUGCUUUCAAAACGCACCACGGGCACUAUGAGUUCAAAGUGAUGCCUAAUGGUGUGACUGGUGGUCCAUCCACUUUCCAGGGCACCAUGAAUAUCGUGCUAUCUCCCUUGUUACGCAAGGGUGUUCUGGUGUUCAUUGACGAUAUCUUGGUGCACAGCGCUACUCUUGAACGACAUUGCGAGUUGUUGCGACAAGUGUUUCAGUUGCUGGCCAAGCACAAAUUUUACCUCAAGAUGUCCAAAUGUAAAUUUGCACAUCCAAGGCUCACCUAUUUGGGGCAUGUCAUCAGCGCAGCUGGGGUGUCGACUGACGAUAAGAAUAUUGCAGCCGUCAAGGACUGGCCGACACCCACAAAUGCCAGGGAGGUUCGUGGGUUUCUUGGGCUGGCAGGUUACUAUCGAUGAUUUGUCCGCAACUUUGGCAUUAUCAGUCGC